GUAAGCCCAUUGUCCAGUGGACGAGCUCUGAGGUUUCCGAUCACGGAUCGAAGGCGCGCAUAAAGCAAGCUCGAACUUCCAACGAGCCUAUUGCCAUUGUGAAUCUCGUGUUGUCUCAAGGGGGAAUCGAGCGAAGCGUAGUUAUUACGAUGGAGUCCGCCGGAGAAGUGAGAGUGUUGGAGCAAUCCCGGAUCUUCCCAACGAUGGGAUCGGCGGCGCCGCCGCCCUCUCUUCCGCUCACCUUCUUCGACGUCCUCUGGUCGACCUCCGGUCCCGUCCGCCGCCUCUUCUUCUACGACUUCCCCCACCCCGCUGCAGUCUUCGCCGACUCGGUACUGCCGAAGUUGAAGUCGUCCCUGUCCCUCGCGCUUGCCCGGUUCUACCCCCUGGCGGGCAACCUCAGAUGCUCCGUCAGCCAUGACGACGUCUCCGAGGUCGGUUGGACCGGCGGCGAAUCACUGUCCUUCGUCUUGGCCGAGUGCGACAGUGGGUUCCACGAGCUCUCCGGCGACUACGCGCGCGACGUGUACAAGCUGCAGCGGUUGGCGCCCCGGCCGAUCUGGUCGGGUGCCGCGAAGCCCUUGUCGGCUGUGCAGGUCACCGUGUUCCCCGACCAAGGCUUCACCGUCGGGGUAUGGGUGCAUCACGUCGCGUGCGACGGCUCGAGCUUCAUGCGCUUCGUGAAAUCGUGGGCAUCCGCUUGCCGAGCAGGGGAGAUCGUGGAGCCAGCGGCACCGUUAUUCGACAGGACGGCGAUCCCUAAUCCUCUUCAGCUGCGUUCCGUCAACUUCAUUCCAGGUUACGAGAGCUCCGGGACCCGUGAAGCGUCGACCCUAGCCUCCAACUUGGUUACCGCCACGUUCGCCCUCGGACAAGAGCACAUCCGGCGUCUCAAGUGCUGGGUGAUGGCCAAGGCCGGCGAGCGCAACACCACCUUCCAUUGCUCGACAGUGGUGGUGACCUGCGCGCACGUGUGGGUCUGCCUCCUGAAGACGUUGGGCGACGCAGGCGACGAGACCGCGCACUUCACAUUCACGGCGGAUGCCAGGGAUCGGCUGCGGUCGCCAGUGCCCGAGACAUACUUUGGCAACUGCAUCGUCCCGUGCUUUGUGGAGGUGAAGGUGAGCGAUCUGGUCGGGGAGGACGGCAUCUUCGCCGCCUCGGAGGCCAUCGGGAAGGCCAUAGAAGACCUGAAACAUGGCGCCCUGAAGGGUGUGCAUGGCAUGUGCGAGAGAUGGUAUCAUGUCACGCAGAAACUUCCCAUGACCCUGACGGGAUCACCCAAGUUCAAAGUUUACGAUACUGAUUUCGGGUGGGGAAGACCGGUGAAGGUUGAGACUGUGUUGCAGAAGACCCGAGCCAUGUAUCUGCAGGAUAGCAGAAGUGGAGAUGGCGUGGAAAUUGGCCUAUCAUUCGAGCAGCAUCAGAUGGAUGCGUUCGAGAGGCACUUCCUCAGUGGCCUGAAACUUCUUCCUGAAUAGAUCUGCGUGGAGAUCGAGUGAGGUUUGCUGAUGGAGCU